AUGGCUCUGCUGAAGGUUCUGCUGCUGCUGGGGCUGGGUGUUUCAGCGAACUCAGGUGUUUCUCUGCAGAAGAGAAUCAUUGGAGGUCAAAACUGUCAAGACACGGAGCGUCUUUAUCAUGUUCGGCUGGAGAGCAGCAAUGCUACUCAUUCGCACCUUUGUGGAGGAUCUCUGAUCCACUCUCAGUGGAUCCUGACUGCAGCUCACUGCUGGGAAUCAGAACCAGGAUGGACUAACGUAGUUAUGUUAAAAGUUCAUCCACGGACUGUUAUACACUACAAUCAGGUAAUCCGAGACGUUCCUGUGAUUUAUGGCCCAAACCAUAACAUGAUGUUGCUGAAGCUUCAGACACCAGUAACAGAUGUCCCACUUCCUCGGCUACCAGACUGCAAUAGUCGUCUUAAAAUAGACGAUGUUGUUCAGCUGGCAGGAGAGGGAGCAACAACAACCGGCUAUAGAAGAAAGCGAUUAAAAUAUCCUGCUAUUCCAUCACAUCUUCAGUGUGUCGACAUGAAUGUUGUUUCCCUUUCCCAUUUCCAUCUGACAUAUGGGCAUGUAUUCGAAGCGAAAGUACCAAACAAGGAUAUAUGUUACGGCGAUGUUGGUGGAGCAGUGGUCCACAACGACAUGAUUUAUGGUGUGAUUUCCUUUGUCCAAUACAAGAGUGCAUGUCGUAAACCAACUGCAAUCAUGGAUGUGUGUAAAUACCUGGAAUGGAUAAAACAAACAACUGGGCUUGAAUAAAGCAAACUAUCAUGAAAUGAAACUCAUCAAAUUUCCUCCCACAUAUAAUUUUAUAAUUGUAUCUUCAUCAGUUUGAUCCACGUUUGUAGAAUUAGAAUAAAACAAUAGUUUAGUUUUUUUUCUCACCAGAUCUUGACCUCCCUAAUGAAACUUUCUCUGUCUCAGAAAUGAAAAAUAAAUCAAUAAAUGCAUGAAAAAGAA